GAUACAUCUAAUUUUAUCAGCUCUUUGCAACCUCAGAGCCAAUUUAAUCGAAUAACAGUGCCCUUAGGCCUUAUAGCCACCGGGCCACUUAACUACAGAAAAUAUUUAGAAUACCUUGCUACAAUUAAUUCUAGUAUAAAUAAGCUUUAUAAUAGUAAUAAAAGUGCUUAUAAUCCUGAAAAUAGCACUACUAUGUAUCAGGUUGGUGUCUGUAAAGAUUAUGGUCUUAAAGAAAUUUAUAUUGAACUAAAUGAAGCUUUAGUUAAAAACCUGUUUUAUGAAAAUAUUAAUAUUUAG